AUGUCUGCUCACAGAUCUUCCAGUGCGGCCACUCGCUUACUGACACCAUCCGAAUUGGACAGCGGCUCUGAGUCUGAGUUGGCCUCCAGCUUAGAUGCCUCGUCGCCACCAACACAAGAUCCAAAGGCCAAGUCUAAAGCAAAGCAUAACAACACGGUAAAUAACCAAAGGAAAGGCAGCAUCACCGCGAGGGAACAGUGCUUGCACUUUGCACGCUGGAUCCCUCGUGCCAUCGAUAUGUUUUGUAGCUUAACUGAUACAUUCCGUAUUGCGAUGCUAAUGGAAGAGGAAGAGGCUUCUAAGGUGUCGGGUCACUCAGAAGAUGAAGAUGUCAAGGCGCAGCGAGACCAAGUCCUGUCUUACGUGGGUAAAGAUGCCCAAGAACGACACAUGAGAAAUUACUCAAAGAUCUUACUUGGAGCCCCAUACUUGCGCAAACUUGCGCAUGGAAACGUCAAACAACAGACGGAGCUGCACGCUAUCCUUACCGAGAAGAUGCAAGUCAUUAUGGGUCAGGCACGCUCUGACGACGCUAGCCACCUUAAGAAUUGUGUAGCGCAGUAUGCAGCCCCAGACCCUUCAGACAAGGGGCUGGAACCUCCGAUUUACGCUGACAACAAAUCCCGCGCAUUACUUGGUGUGAACCACCCUCAACUCGCUGCAAUGCUGUGCCCUAUCAAGCAUGCAAAAGCAUAUCAUGAGGACCCUAAAAAGGUACAAGCCGAACUUCAGAAUGGGGUUAUCAGGAUUCACUCCGCUGCAUGGCCUGCAUUUAUAUAUGAAGGUACUCCGCCAGGAAAAGACUUCGACCCAGACAAUGUUCAGGAGGGAUUUUCAAAGGGCUAUUAUUUGAAACGGGUUUUUCGUCACAUAUUUACAUCUCCAUCAUCUGCGCUCGUUCCAGAUGGAGAGAUUAUUCCGAGUCGUGGAUGUAAUGCCAAGUUACACGGCAUGGAAAAGGUUGAGCCUGAACAUAUUGCCUAUGCAUUCGUCCAGAGCCGAUUCAGUAUUGCCACGCGCGACAAGUGGCAUGAAACCGAUGGUUGCUAUAAGUACAAUGAAGCAUACACCCGCUUCAUCAAGGCAAUCAGAGAGGCACCUGAUCAAACAUGGGCAGAGUCGCUGCUUCAGUGGUGGAACCAAACGGUAUUUGGUAACAAGCAUGGCCUCAUCGUGAUUGAUUUGACCGAGGAUGAUGAAGACGAUGACCUUGUUGUCAUGCAGAGACAGCACGAAAUGCGCAUGGUGGCUGUGCAUCAGAAGACACGAUUGCCCGAGAAUGCAGCUGCUACCCCAGCUGCUGCCGUCGCUGAAGACACUGCUGUGCCCCCAACUUCUAUGCGACAAUCCAAGGCUGCUGACCCACCAAUUCCGCCCCUCGCAUCUCCAUCUGCGACACCUAGUUCCAUUGACCCAGAGUCUCUGAAAUGA